UUGCCUGGAGAAUUCCUCCAUAUCCCGGUUUUUCGAGAGACACACCCCGGAGCCUGCCUCAAUCUCAGUAUUAUACAGCCCUAUAUAUUUGAUCAACUUCCCUGAUAUUAAAAGUCGGGAUUUGAGCGAAUCUGAAAGAACAACAACUAAAAAAUAAAACUAAAAUCGCUGUAUUAGCGGUAAAGGUGUUUACAAAAGCUUACGUACUAACGCGCUGGUGACGUUGAUAUAAUUAAAACUGUGCUGUGCGCGGCUCCGGCUGUACAGACUGCUGAGUAUAGACGAGGCGCCAUGGACAAGGCCAUUAAGACCCUGGUCACAGCGUUUCAGGAUUCAGCCAGAGGGAAAGCGGAGCUGGGGAAGGUCGAAUUCGAGAAUCUCAUCCGUACGCAACUGUCAAACAUCCUGACGCACACAAAGGAUGACGAGGCGGUGGCAGACAUGAUGCGCCAACUCGACUCCAACAAGGACGGGAAGAUCAGCUUCAAAGAGUACCUGGACCUGAUCGGAGAGGUCGCCCGCUGCCUGAGCCAGCAUAGACUGUCUGAGCAGCACUGAGACACUGCGCUUCCAUCUCACUGCAUUUCAACCUGCCAGCUGCUUCACCACACCUCUCUGUGUUUUACAAUGCUUCAACAUGCUUUACUAGACCUCUCUGUGUUUUACAAUGCUUCCCUAUGCUUUACCAGACCUCUCUGUGCUUUACAAUGCUUCCCUAUGCUUUACCAGACCUCUCUGUGCUUUACAAUGCUUCCCUAUGCUUUACCACACCUCUCUGUGCUUUACAAUGCUUCCCUAUGCUUUACCAGACCUCUCUGUGCUUUACAGUGCUUCCCUAUGCUUUAUAAUUGUAAGUCGCCCUGGUUAAGGACGUCUGCUAAGAAAUAAAUAAAUAAUAACAAUGGUG